CCCUUCGGGCCUGGCUACAUCUCAUCUCUCUCCCUCUCCCCUUCUUCUCCAUCACCGGCCGCCGCCACGGCCAGGCCGGCAUGGUGGUGAGCCAUUCACCCAGCGCCACCAUCUCCUUCUCCUCCCCGAAGCCAUCCAUCUCCACCGUCCGUGCCCAGCGCCAACCAGCACCGCCUCCAUCCAUCACCCAGCGCCACCACUACUCCUCCUACCUCCAGUGCCUACAUCCACCACACCAGCCGCUCCCUCACGCGCCGCAUCAGACACUCCGGCGCGAGUGUCUGGUCACCCGCGUGAGUGCGCCACCCAACUCCUUCGCCUCGGAUCUAUCUCACAGACCACCAGUGUGCCACCACCAUCGCCAACUCCCUCUUCCUUCUUCUGCUCUCUGCCUGCUGCUGCUUCUUCUUCCCACGCCCCUGCUGCUGCUUGCUCUCUCAAUCUCUGCUACUACUUCUCCAUCUCUUGCUGCUACUUCUUCUCUGAACCUCAUUUCUUCUCCUUGCAUCCCCUUGUUGCUGCUCCAUUCCCAAACUGCUGCUACCUAUUCUUCUUCUUCUCUGAACCUUUGUCCUUCCCCUCGUUGCUGCUCCUCACUUGCGCUAGCUGCUCCUGUUCCCUACGCCUCUGCUACUGUUUCUUGCUUCUCUUCUGAACCUGAAGCUCUCUCUCUCUCUUAUCUCAAACUGCUAUAAACUUUAGAAGUGUAAUGUUCAGAAUUUUGUAAUGUUCAGGGUUGUGGAAUGUUCAGACUUGACAAGUUCUAGCAACUCAUUAUUUGUUCAGUUUAGUACCUGUAUAAUAAAGUACUUGUUAUGUUGGACCUGGCUAGUUGAGGCCUUGUUAAUUUGGGUGAUAAUUGAUCUAUUAGAAUGUGCUUCUGUGUAUUACUAUUCUGCUAGUAUAUGUGCGUGUUCACCUUGUGUACUAAUCCCCUUUCCUAGUUAUCUUCCAGUACUUGUCAACUUUGUGUGUGUUUGAUUUUCAGUCCAUGUGUUAGCUCAAGUACCUGUGCCAUAUAAAUAUGUGUGUGUGCUUGUGAUUUAAAUAAUCUGUUUUUUGUUCAGUAAUUCAUACGCUUGCUAGAUAUAUAUGGUCAUGCCUUUUGAAUUCCCUUGUCACUGAUGUUAGCCUUUUAGUUUCUAUAAUAAUAUGAAAAUACCAAAAAGACAGAGUAAAGAUAAUCUUCAUCUCCCUUUGCUUCUGUCAUUUUCUUUGUUGAUGAUCCUUGUUAGUGUUAGGUUUAUUUUCUGUUUUCAUCAUUCAAUUGGGUCACCUAGCUUUAGUUGAACGUAGUUGCCGUCGCCUAGUCCCUGUGGAGAACACGACAUUCGUAGUUUGGGGCGUAAAAACCCCGCUAUAUUACAAUUGAUUAUUUUGGCGCCGUUGCCGGGGACUAGCGUCGAGCGAUUGUGCUAGGCUAUAGACUAGGUUUUUCUUGUUUUCAUCUUGUGCCAUAUAUUUGUGAUAUUUCUCAAGCCACUAACCCCUGUUCUAGUUAGUAUCUUUUUGUCUUCUUUUCCUUUUUGCAGGUUGGAUUAUCCUCUCGGAAAUGGCAUUCUAUUCAGAUCAUCAUGCUUAUGCGAGCAACACUACAAACAGCACAGAAACUAUUCAAGAACUGAUAGGUAAGAUUUCCCAUCGAUUAGAUGAUUUAGCUCGGCAGUGAGAAGUAGUUUUAGAGGAUAGGCCUAGUUCUUACUAUCCUUAUUCUAAAGGCCAUCCUUAUGUUGCUCCUACUUGCCAUAUUUGUGGAUUUCAGGGCCAUUCGCCCGCUGAAUGUCAGCGUGGCUACUCUCACACUCCGGAUUGUUUUGGCAUGAGCUUCGCUCAAGAGCAUAGCUCAUACCAAAACAAUUACUCACAUGGGUGGCCUGAAAUCCCGAAUAUGUCAUAUAGGAGCAACAACCCUGAGAUCUCACAGUUUGGUUCUAGUAAUCAUAUGCAGGGAUUUAGGUACAAUGAGGAGAGCCACAACUAUGCACCACAACAAUUCCAUUCAGCUCCUACUCAUAUACCACAGCACCAAGAGAUGUGUCCAAUGGAGUUAAAUGGUCCUCCAUUUGGUCAACCAACAACUCCAGCACCUGUUGUGCAAUCUCAUGUGCAAGUGCCCACACAAGAUGAGUUCGAUGACAUAGACAAGCUCACACUUUUGAGUCUCGAGUUCACUUGGAGUGCCGAGGAUGAUCCUAUUAGGAAGGUUAUACUAGAGGAAAUGAAGAAGAUUAAGAGUGGAAAGGAGCUAGUGGAUGAAGUAAGGAAGAUUGAGAAGAACAUCAACGCUGGUAGUACUAUCUCAUCUCUCCUUGAGCUGAGUGCUGCUGAGAUUUCUAGUCAUACAUGUGAGAUUCCAACACCUUCACAUUUCGUUGAGCAAGAUAGCAAGUGCCUUGAGCAAGAAAUACCUCAGAUUGAAGAAGAUGAACUAGAAGACAAGGAACAAGAUGGUCAAGAGCUGCAAUUCCCAAGUGAUCAAGUUGAAGACUCAUCAUCUACUACUCCUGAAGAAGUACAAGAAGCUGCUGUAGAUGAAGAUGAAGAACCUGAGAUUCAUUGGACUAUUAUCAUACAUGAGCAUGAUGUGUCAGGUUCGAGGUGACAUUCCUUGGGAUCCUGGUGGAGUCAGAGCAUGGCGAUGAGGAGAAGCAAUGGGGCACACAUAUGGAAGAGUGAAGCUGGAGCAUCCACGAGGAAGCAAGGGAGAAGAGCUGCAGCUGGUGAGGUGAUCGAGCGAAUGCUACAUGAUCAAAGCCCGGUGAGAUGUUUCAUGACCCAUUCUGAAUAUCAUAAAUACAUGCUAAAUUCAAUUGCUAGUUGGGUUGCUUGAGCUAGUUAUUACUUGUUGUCAAGCUGAAAUUCACCUUUGGCAUUGUGCUUGAUGUGAAUUUGUGAACUUGAUUUCUGAAUGCCUUGUAAACUAGUGAUCUACACCAUGCAUGCUUUGCUGAAAUUUGUGGAAGUUAUUAGUUUUGAGUGCUCAAAUCCCUAGUACACUAGAAAACUUGAUCAUUUUUUGCUUUUACCUUGAUACACCUAGAUCACCAUGUUUAGAUGCUGAAUUUGUGCUAAGUGUGUUCCCAUUGAGAGCAAUCACCUAACCACUAUGGAUUAGCAUGCUAUGUUCCCUGGAUCAGUAGCAUGUGAACCAGACAUGGAGAAGUGAUGAUUCCUGUUUUUGUGCUUAUGUGUUGUUCAUUUAAGAUAGGUAAUAAUGAAUAUAUAAGUCUGGCUACCUACAGUAGCAUGUCAUGUUCCCGGGAUCGGUGGCAUGUGAAAUCGGGUUAGCUUGGGCAGUAAUUAAUAAUAAUAAAAAAGUAAUUGUCGAACCAGGUGUAUACCAUGAUCUCGGGAUCGGUGGUAUGUUCCUUUGGGGAGACAAACAAAAAAAUUAAUAAAAAUUGGUUGAGCCAGGUGUAUACCAUGUUCUCGGGAUCGGUGGUAUGUUCCUUCGGUGAGACUAAUAAAAUAAUAUGUGUGUUUCUUUCAAAUUCAAUAAGUGGUUCAACCACAAAGUCAUAUUUCUGCAAAUAAGAGAUUUAGUUCCAGUUCUUUUUGUUCUCGGGAUCAUGCUCUCUUUAGGAACCAUUUGGCGCAGUCAUCAUUUAAACUUGUUGAUCCUCUUUUAUCAUUGUAAAAGUUUAAAAUGGUCAUGCUUACUAGUAUCCUACCGCUUUGAAGCACUCCUAACCAUUAAUUUUCACUAGCUAAGUCCAAAGCAUGCACUGUUUAGAGAUCUACUUCACUUGGUAUUCUCUAGUCAGCUCACUGUUCACAUUCUUGUUCUUGUCAUAUGCCUUUGCUCGAGGACAAGCAAAAGUUUAAGUGUGGGGAACUUGAUAAGCACAUUUCAUAUAUACAAUUUUGGCAUAGAAAUAUAUUAUUUAUUGAGAUAUGACCAUUAAUUCUUGCUGUGAAAUAUUGAAUAUUUGCAUGAAAAUCAUAUAAAGUAUCAUUUACUAGUCUUUGGUCUAUUUUGCAAAAAUGUGCGCAAAGGCACUAUAAAUCUUCAAGAUCCGUACUAAGUGGCUAAGAGAACGAAGAAGAGGAGGAAGAAUGGACCCGACCGUGAAGAAAAGAAGUAACCAGAGGGGCCAAGCUAAAGUUGGAGGGAUCAUCUUGUGAAGAAAGAAUAGAAGUGGAAGGGCAAAAGAGCAAAAGUGGCAGAUCAGAGGAGGGGGAUCAAAUCCCUAGCGCAGCCUCGAUCCCCUUCAGGCCUGGCUACAUCUCAUCUCUCUCCCUCUCCCCUUCUUCUCCAUCACCGGCCGCCGCCACGGCCAGGCCGGCGUGGUGGUGAGCCAUUCACCCAGCGCCACCAUCUCCUUCUCCUCCCCGAAGCCAUCCAUCUCCACCGUCCGCGCCCAGCGCCAACCAGCACCGCCUCCAUCCAUCACCCAGCGCCAACCAGCACCGCCUCCAUCCAUCACCCAGCGCCACCACUACUCCUCCUACCUCCAGUGCCUACAUCCACCACACCAGCCGCUCCCUCACGCGCCGCAUCAGACACUCCGGCGCGAGUGUCUGGUCACCCGCGUGAGUGUGCCACCCAACUCCUUCCGCCUCGGAUCCAUCUCGCAGACCACCAGUGUGCCACCACCAUCGCCAACUCCCUCUUCCUUCUUCUGCUCUCUGCCUGCUGCUGCUUCUUCUUCCCAUGCCCCUGCUGCUGCUUGCUCUCUCAAUCUCUGCUACUACUUCUCCAUCUCUUGCUGCUACUUCUUCUCUGAACCUCAUUUCUUCUCCUUGCAUCCCCUUGUUGCUGCUCCAUUCCCAAACUGCUGCUACCUAUUCUUCUUCUUCUCAGAACCUCUGUCCUUCCCCUCGUUGCUGCUCCUCACUUGCGCCAGCUGCUCCUGUUCCCUACGCCUCUGCUACUGGUUCUUGCUUCUCUUUUGAACCUGAAGCUCUCUCUCUCUCUCUUAUCUCAAACUGCUGUAAACUUUAGAAGUGUAAUGUUCAGAAUUUUGUAAUGUUUAGGGUUGUGUAAUGUUCAGACUUGACAAGUUCUGGCAACUCGUUAUUUGUUCAGUUUAGUACCUGUAUAAUAAAGUACUUGUUA